AGUGUCUAUAGUACACGUAGACAUUAAUUUGGCGCCCUCUAGUGGACCACAAAGGUAGAACUGCAAGCGUUUUGUGCUAUUUGUUACCUUUUCCUUUUUUUAGGAGCUUUUUUUGCGGCAUUGUUUUUCCAGAUUACACAUCAUUAAAUGGAAAAACAAGAUUAUUUUUUUGUCUCUGAACUCAAACCCAAAACAGACAGACGUGAUAAUUAGUUAGGCAUAGUUUGUAAAACAAGGGCGCUUUGUUUCUUCGAAACUUGUGAGCUGGCAUUAUGGGAUGUGGCAGGAGGCCAUUUGCCACGUAUGAGGGGAAGUGCCAUGCUUCGAAACCACGCCCCUUGAUUAUAAGAAUAAUGCUUUUAAAGUCGAAUGCGACACAUAAAUGCAUAAUCACCCUCAAUGUCAAUGACGAAAAUGAGCAUUUUAUAUUUCCUGGUACUUUUUGGCACUUUUUUCCGCACGAGUUCCGCUUGCAGUAGUCCAACAUGGGACGUCCCAAAAGCCACUCUAAAGACACGACUCGUUUUCUGAUACGCUGCUGCAGCACAGAGUUAAAAAAAAAAAAAAAAAAAAAAAAAACAUUCACGCAUCCAUCCACGACUGCAAAAAGGAGCAGCACGUCAACACGCGUUCUUUCCGCACAGCCCACCUUCAGCGAUCAUGACGGCGAAGAACCGACAGAAGAGCAACGCCGGCGGCGAGAAGGUCCCGGCCGCUACCGCGCCGGUGCAGAAGGAGGAAAAGCCCCAGAAAAUUAACGGGGUGAGCGGCUCCGCAGGCGCCCAGGGGCACGCGCGCACCCCCGCCAAGAAGAGCGGCAGUUGUUUGGGCACCCUGCUCUCGGUGCUCUUCUACGCGGCCAUGAUCGCGGGCGCCGGCCUGGCCGCCUUCCACUUGCAGAAGGUGGUCGAGGAGAUCCGCCGCACGAGCGCAAAACACGCGGAAAGCGCGCAAAUGAGCGCCGAGCUCAGCGGCAAAAUGGAGAGCGUCGUUCAACAGGUGGCAUCUCUGAAGGGCGCGGUGGACGCGGUGGAGUCAUCAAUGGCCGCUACCCGUGUGGAGCUGAAGGGCGCCGUGGCACGGAUGGUGCGGGGCGAGGAGGAGACCAGGCGGGUGGAGGAGGCCCUCCAGAAGCUCCAGAAGGACCUCCUCGGGGAGCUCUCCGAGGGCAUCGGCGAGGUGAAGGAAGCCCGAGAGCGCGACUUCUCCUCUCUGGAGACGACGGUGGAGCAGCGUCUGGAGGAGGUGAGCCGCUCGGUGCGCGCCAGCGUGGCCGAGUUCACGGACGCCCAGGGCGAGGCCCGAAGCCAGCUGGCCGACCUCAAGGCCCGGCUGGGCGGCAUCGAAGACCCCGCCGCGGUCAAGCGGGAGCUGGCCGCCAUCGUGGACGUGGUGGCCGAGAUCAGGGCGGCCAAGCAGGACGCCGACUCCUCCGCCGAUUCCAUCCGGGAGCAGAUCAACUCGGUGAGGGAGGAGCUGCGAACGCGCAGCCAGGAAGUGACAUCGCUUUCCCAGGAAGUGGAGUCUGUCAGGUCGGUGGUGCAGGACACGGUGGGAAGUCUCAAGCUGUCCGUGUCCGCCGCCCAGACGGACGUCCAGGCCCUCGGGGACCAAACCGGCACCCUGCGGGGCGGCGUGGAGCAGGCCGCCGAGGGCGUCCGCGACGUGGAGAGGAAGCUGAACGAGGUCGUCGCCCAGACGCAGAAGAGAGCGGACGACAUGGAAGCCCGAAUCAAAGCCUCGGAGGAGAGCGGGGAUUCCGUAGCCGCCAAGGUGGAGUCGCUUCUCUCCCAGUACGACGCCCAGGAGAGCGCUCUGGCUGGGAAGGCCUUCUCCGAGAAGGAGCUGGAGGCCGUGAGCGACCACCUGGAGGAGCUGCGGGCCAACGUGGCGGCCGUGGGGGAGGCGCAGGACUCCCUGGCCGCCACGGACUCGAUCAUGGCCCAGCGGGUGGAGGAGUUGGAGAGGCUGGCGGCCGAGACGGGCGCCGAGCACGCCGCCGAGCUGGAGGAGCACCGGCGAGCCAUCGCCUCCAUGGAGACGGCGUUGGAGGAGGCCGCCCAGACGCUGGCGGCGUUGUCUGAGGCCGGCGGCCAGGCGCAAGAGUAGCAGCACCGCAAACCACAAAACUCUCUUUUCUUUGGUAGUAACUUGAAGUUGCACAGGUAGGACAAGACCAGAUGGAGGAGCUGAACUGCGUAGCUGUGAUUUCAAGACUCAAUCUGCACUGUUAGUUUCAUUUACUUUUUUUUUUUUUUUUUCCAAACUUCCUGCCUGCGCCAAAGAUGUUUUUCUUUUUUUUCUGAAGUCAAAAGCAGUAACACCUUGUUGAGCACUCAGUUGUUUACUUUUUGGGGGGUUUUACAAUAAAAACACUUG